AUGCACAACGCAAUGAUUGGAACUACUGGUAUGGACCAGGAAUCUCACCCAGCUCACGACAAUUCUCAAUAUGGCUCUAGUUCGGGCUGGGUUGAUGUCAACUCCUACAGCCAGAGUCCGUUGCCAGACUAUGGAAACUUCAACUACAUGACAACGGGGUUGCCCUCCGAGUCUCUGGCUCGGAUCGCGCCGUCGCCGACUACUAUCCAGACUCACCAACAGCGAUCUCAAUCCCAGGCUGGAUCGACGCAACAGUCACCACAGACACCUCAUCACCCUCAGCUGCCAAUGUUGAUAAUGCCCUCGCACGCCUGGCCGAGUAUGUUGACGAAUCCCGUCACUUACUCCACGCCCCCCAUGCCUAUUCCAGCUGUUGCUCCUAGUCCUACCGCGGCACCCGCACCGGUCCAGCCGAAGCCCUCACGGCCAUCUACCUCAACACCUCGGCGCACGCUGACGGAUGACGACAGAAGACGUAUGUGUCGCUAUCACGAGGAAAACCCUACUGCCAAGCAACUGGACAUUGGUCGGAUGUUCGGUGUAGAGCGAAGCACCGUAUCCAAAGUUUUGCGCCAAAAGGACAAGUACUUGAAUCCCGAGGAUAGGAGUGUCUCACCUGUCAAACGCAACAAGGGGAAGCUACCAGACAUUGAGCGGGCACUGGCAUCAUGGGCCCGCAAGGCCCAGCAAUCCGGAAUGGAAAUCACGGAUAGUGAAAUCUGGGAAAAAGCCCGUCACUUCGCCCAUGGUGUGAGCGGCACUGAUCAGGUCCAAAAGCUCGGAAUCUCGUGGCUGGAGAAAUUUAAGCAAAAGCAUGCAAUCGGACAACCCAGGAUCGUGAGACGAGCGUCCGAAACAAGCAUACCAAAUAGCGCCGCCAAAAGAGCCAUUAGCUCGCCUCUACUGCCACAGUCGCAGGCACCGAAUGGCAUCUCUCCUGUCUCGCCAAUAGCACAGCCAUCCCCACUCUCGGGUACCAGGAGCGACGACGAACUCAAGGAUGGUCUUGGAUCAACAAACAUAUUUGGAUUCAGGUCGGACACUUUCAAACGUGGUAAUAACCAGAGUACGACAUCUCUGUCUAGUGCGUUCACAGAUGCAGGCACCUCAUCCUUCUCGGGUAGCGCCGUUAGCCCAACUGGCCCAUUUGCCUUCUCGCCAGACUCGAACGUUGGCGGGUUCCUCCCAUCUGAUCAACGACACCUACCCGGAGGGCCUGAGUCUCACUUUCAGCGACCUAGAAGCCAGACUUUCCCAACGCUGGAUAUUGAGUGUUUAAAUCAGCAAACCACGAACCCAGAACCAGCAACACCCAAGUACGCCAUCUCGUCCACCGCACCAUCGUCUGCUUUAGAGUCUCCAGGCCGUGAACUUGAUUCGCGGCAUUUUAGGUUGACUUCCGUGAUAACUUCAUCGCCUCAACUUCACCACAGUAGCAGCAAUGGCACCUUGGGCUCGAACGCCGCAGGCCUAUCAGCCAAUCAGUUAAUGUCCCCACCAUCGCCUCGGGUCGGGUCGAGUCCUAGUUCUCCUACGCUUGAGGAUGCGCGUCGAGGGUUGGAUCUUGCGCUCAGUUACGUGCAGAAGUCUGUUUCGAGGUACGAUGAGAAGGACCUAAUGGCAGUCAUUCGCUUUUUUGAGGGGGUUGGCCUUCGCCAAUAUGCGCAGAACAUGAAAGGCCCCGGCGCAUCGAUGCAGACAUUAAGCAACCUCGGCCGUAUUCCUGAGGGGGGAGAGGUCGAGAUGACAAACGCUCCGGCACCAGCGUCUGCCAAACUGGAGACGAUGAUGGCCUAA